AAUGUUUCGUGGUGAUUUUGGGCUUUUGACGUUUUGUAGCAGAACUUACUUUGUUUUACUUGCAUUGUCUUCUCAAGAUUGAAGAGAGGUGGUAGUGGUGUGCACUGGGACGGUGAGGUCGACAAUGGCUGAGGAAGAAGCCGGACAUGUUCUCGCUCAGUUUCGCAGCGAGGAUGGUGAAAAUAGCGGAGCUCCCUUUGAUUUGCCAUUGUCUGUAACAACAGAGCAUUUGCAGUCUGUGUGCAACGAUAUCCUCGAGAAUGAGGAACCGGUUCCGUAUUCCUUCUUCGUUGGAGAUGACGAGAUCAAGGGCAGUCUGGGUGACUGGUAUAGCAAGCAGAAGGACAAGGUCGACACUGAGAAAGCUAUCACGAUUGUGUAUCAGCCUCAAGCAGUUUUCCGCGUCCGCCCUGUUACAAGAUGCACAAGCAGUAUGCCAGGUCACUCUGAGGCAGUUAUCUCUGUUGCUUUCAGUCCUGAUGGAAGGCACUUGGCCAGUGGCUCAGGUGACACCACCGUACGUUUCUGGGACAUCUUUACAGAGACUCCUCACCAUACAUGCAAAGGUCAUAGCCAUUGGAUCUUGUACAUGGCCUGGUCUCCAAAUGGCAAGGUGGUUGCAUCCGGGUGUAAAAAUUCCGAGAUCAGACUUUGGAAUCCUUUGAACGGCCAACAAGCUGGACGUCCUCUAGUCGGCCAUCGCCAAUGGAUAACAUGCCUAGCGUGGCAACCAUUGCACAAAGACGGACAGUGUCGCUACCUAGCCAGUGCUUCUAAGGACGGCGACAUUCGGAUAUGGAACACGUCGAUUAGCAAGUGCGAGCGCAUUCUCUCCAGUCACACGAAGUCCGUGGCAUGCAUUCGCUGGGGCGGUGAGGGCUUGCUCUACUCGGCAUCACAGGAUCGCACAAUCAAAGUCUGGAGAGCUGAAGAUGGUACAAUGUGCCGGACACUGCAGGGCCAUGGCCACUGGGUUAACACGAUGGCACUGAACACAGACUAUGCUAUUCGCACUGGUGCCUACGACCCUGGAAAGCCACAGAAGGUGGCCGUGGCCGAAGCCACAGCGGAGGAGCUGACUGCACUUGCUGAGGAGAGAUAUGACAACGCCAAGGCUGGUGGCAAGGAGUUGAUGGUAUCUGGCUCUGACGACUACACUUUGUUCCUGUGGGAGCCUGCAAACGACAAGAAACCAAUUGCAAGAAUGACCGGUCACCAGCAGUUGAUCAAUGAUGUUCGCUUCUCACCGGACACUCGAUUUAUCGCCAGCGCAUCGUUCGACAAGUCGGUAAAGCUGUGGGAAGGCCGGACAGGAAAGUUCAUUGCAACUCUACGCGGUCAUGUCAACGCAGUAUACCAGGUCGCUUGGUCAGCUGACAGCCGACUACUGUGCAGUGGCAGCAGGGACAGUACUCUCAAGGUGUGGGAUAUCAGGGAACGCACGCUGCUGAUGGAUCUACCCGGCCAUGCAGACGAAGUCUUUGCUGUCGACUGGAGUCCCGACGGAGAGCGCGUGGCAAGUGGUGGAAAGGACAAAGUUCUCAAAGUAUGGAGAACGUAAUCACUGGAUACCAUGCCACGCUACCGGCCAAGAUGGUUGAACCCACAAAGGAAGUUGAGGAACACCCACGUCAUCAUCUGUGUUAUCACCGAAUCAAUUACGUCUCGUCGUCCCUGCGACACACCUCUGUUUGUGUGUGGUCAGCAGUCAUGAAGUCAGUCCAUGUUCUCAUAGAAGUAUUAAUACUCCUGUACAUAACAUCUUCAAACUCAGAUCAUCAGUUUUUAUAGGAUAUUGACCAAGACGAGGUCUAUAUCCUAUUUAUCACGAUUCCUUUGCCAUAAUCCCAACGUUUGAUCCUUUAGGAGCUAUUUUAGGCUUUUUGGUAUAGCAUUUGUACUAUGGUGUACAUAGGAUGUUGCCUAUUGUGGGCACAAGACUGUAAGAACAACAGGCCUGAGGGUUCAGCAUGUGCA